AACUAUCAGGCUGAAAAGUAUCAUUGCUUCGUCCUCCGCUCUAUUUCUUUAGAACACCUGGCGCUGAGAGCUCGUGCUUCAGCUACUCCUCUUGUCCCGGAUGCCCAGUUCUUGGCCCGCCAAGCUACUGAUUCCUUUGCAAUCGAUCAUCUCAUACAUGCAAGUGCACACAAGUUCAGAAUUACCUUUGUUCCCGAGCAUUCAAGCAGUCCAAAGACCGCAGGAUUGAUACCUUUCUAUUUCUGCUUGCACGAAACAGGCACUACCCACAGUCCUAACAUCCAAGAGGCUUGGGAUUUCUUCUACACAACAUGGUUACCAUCAACGUCGCGUAUACCGAAGCCAUCAACCCCGCAGGCGCUAAGCCGACCCUCACGCAGGAACAAGUCUGGAAAGGUCUACAGAUCAAAAUCCGUGAAGCUCAGCGUUUUGUACCGAUAAUUACGAGCUGUAAAGUUAUCGAGGAGAAAGAAAAUGAAGUGGUUCGAGUUGCGGCUUUCAAGGAUCGAGAAGGAAUUCCGGCUCAUGAAGUGAGGGAGGUUUGCAAGUCGUAUUAUCCUGCCAAGGUGGACUUCAUUCAGCCGGAUGGUGCGGUCAUAACGAAUACUGUUUCGCAUGGGUCGGGGCAGGAUGGAGCGGAGUUGUUUAUGACUUAUACGUUUGAAUGGAGACAUGCUGAUCUCGAGGAGGGGUCUGAACAGCACAAGGCAUUGUCCAAGCAGCACAGGGAGGGAGCACAAAUGGCUGUUUCAAAAUCACUGGAUGCUAUGCGGAAGAUGGCAUUAGAUGGCGAUCUCGACUAG